CCGUCAGUCCGUGAGGGUCGUUAUCCCCCUCAGCCCGGCCGGCCCACGGGCACGGGGGCUCAGGCUGCCCGCUCCCCCAGCCCGGUCCGGGGCUCGUGCCUGGGAGUGUGUGUGUUGGGGGGGGGGAGGUUCUUUAUUGGCCUCGUCCUCCCCCCCCCACCCCCCGCUUUCUCUUCCACACUCCACCCAGAAAUGAUCCAGUGAAACUAGGAGGAGGUGAUUCUCCUCCUCCCUCCUGCUGCUGCUCCUGCUGGUCUGGAAGGGACUGCAGGAAUCUCUGCUCCGCUCUGCUCUGAGGCAGGGUCUGGGGAGGGGAGACCGUUCUGUGGAGAGCGGGGGCCGCGGUGGUGGCCCGGGGUGUAUCUCUGCCAGUGCGCGGGGGGCUGCUUGGUUCCUGACCAUGGGGAAGGACCAGGAACUGCUGGAAGCUGCUCGCACUGGGAAUGUGGCUCUGGUGGAGAAACUCCUCUCUGGGAGGAAAGGAGGGAUCCUGGGCAGUGGAUCUGGAGCUAUUCCCUUAUCCAGCUUACUGAGCAUCUGGCGAGGACCAAAUAUAAACUGCACAGACAGUUCAGGUUAUACUGCUUUACAUCAUGCAGCUUUAAAUGGACACAAGGAUAUAGUUCUCAAAUUACUUCAGUAUGAAGCAUCAACUAAUGUGGCAGAUAAUAAAGGUUAUUUUCCUAUUCACUUGGCUGCUUGGAGAGGAGAUGUAGACAUCGUGAAGAUUCUCAUCCAUCAUGGACCAUCACACUCCAGAGUGAAUGAACAGAACAAUGAAAAUGAAACAGCACUGCAUUGUGCAGCUCAAUAUGGUCAUUCAGAAGUAGUUGCUGUUCUGUUAGAAGAGUUAACAGACCCUACAAUAAGGAACAACAAACUAGAAACACCUCUGGAUCUGGCAGCACUUUAUGGACGUCUGCGUGUUGUAAAAAUGAUCAUCAAAGCAUAUCCAAACCUGAUGAACUGUAAUACAAGAAAACACACUCCUUUGCAUCUUGCUGCACGUAAUGGCCACAAAGCUGUUGUACAGGUGCUUCUGGAGGCUGGAAUGGAUGUCAGCUGCCAAACAGAGAAAGGGAGUGCACUACAUGAAGCAGCCCUGUUUGGAAAAGUGGAGGUAGUACGCAUUUUGCUGGAAACAGGAAUUGAUACCAACAUAAAGGACAGUUUGGGUAGAACGGUUUUAGAUAUUCUUAAAGAACAUCCAUCUCAGCAGUCACUCCAAAUUGCGGCUCUACUUCAAGAAUAUAUGGAAACAGGAAAUGCAAGUAUUUCGGAGGAACGCCCACUGGAAUGCGCAGAACAUCAGUCUUGCAUUUUGUCCCCCGAAGUUCCUCCGUCUCCAAAGGCUAAAAGUGAAGCUGUGACUGGAGAAUUAUCAAAGCUCUUAGAUGAAAUCAAAUUGUGCCAAGAAAAGGAAUACUCUUUUGAAGAUCUGUCUCAUACAAUAUCAGAACAUUAUCUGGACAAUUUUAGUAAAGUAUCAGAGGAAGAACUUAUGACCAGUGGAAGCCAAACCAAGCUUAAUGUAAGGCCUUCUUCAACAUGCCUAUCACCGAGAGAGGAAGAAGAUGAUGAUGCAGGUGAAAAUACUUGUGGUCCUUCAGGUUUAUGGGAGGCAUUGACACCUUGUAAUGGAUGCAGGAACCUGGGAUUUCCCAUGCUUGCACAGGAAUCUUAUUCAAAGAAGAGAGGUUAUGCACUGGAAGCAGUACCCUCUGUACCUCUGGAUGCAGUUCCUUCAGAAAAUGACAGCAGUCUUUGUGAUUCGAUAGACAUAGCAGUGACAAAAAAACCUUGUUCCCUAGAGAUAGCAAGAGUUCCUUCCUCAAGACCAGAUAAUGCACCUCAGGUAGCAAUUACCGCACCGGGAUCUGGUAACCAUAGAAACAGCUCUACAGGCCCAACACCUGACUGCUCUCCUCCAUCACCAGACACUGCACUUAAAAACAUAGUGAAAGUUAUACGUCCUCAGCCCAAGCAGCGCACAUCAAUAGUGUCUUCUCUGGAAUUUCAUCGAAUGAAUCACAGCCACAAUUAUUUUGAAAUCAACUCAUCCAUUGGCUGUACAAGUUUUAUUUCUACUCCUGCAAUCAGUCCAGCUAAUUAUUCCCUUGGAUCUCUGGAAUACAGUGUUGAAGAGAGAGAACUUCCAGAGCAUCUUUGCCAGGGAGAAACAUCCACUGAAAGUGAGCUUCCUGAAGGACACCCUGCUGAACAGUUUGCAGGUUUACUUCAUGGAUCGUCACCUGCGUGUGACCCACCUGAUAAUCCACUCCAGCUGUACAGCAAAGCCAACCAGUGCAGCGGGCCACCAGAGAAAAGCGUCUUGAGCAAGAGCACAGUGCAGCAGAUACAGCUACGGAAAGAGAGCAACACUGAUCCUCCAGUGAAGAAAAAAAAGCCACCAGUUGUAAACAGAACCAUAUUUCAUACUAAACCUAAACCAGUAGAAAAUCAUACAUUGGUUGGCACGUCAGCAAGGAUAAGUGAACAAUGGGUUAUUACCACUGGGGGAUUUGUGGAGCGAGCGUGCACGCUUGGGAGAAUACGAUCUUUACCAAAGACUUUGCUCGAAAUGCAUUUGUGCAAAAAUGUUUCGAAAUCCGAUUCUAAUCUUAUCACCCAUCCACCAAAUGACAAAAAAGCAAGAAGCAACUGGAGUGAACCCACACCAAACCAACAGUGCUCCAAAGGGAAUUCGGAGAGAACACCUUCUUUCACAUCAGAAUGGGAAGAAAUUGAUAAAAUCAUGAGUUCAAUAGAUGCCGGAAUUAAUACUGGACUGGGGGAGAUGAAUGAUCACACUAAAAGACCCCGAUGCCCUGUCCAGACAGUGGGACAAUGGUUGGAAAAUAUUGGGCUACCUCAGUAUGAAAACCACUUGCUGGCUAAUGGAUUUGACAAUGUGCAAUUUAUGGGAAGCAACGUAAUGGAAGACCAGGAUCUCUUGGAAAUAGGAAUCCUUAACUCUGGACACAGACAGAGAAUACUCCAAGCAAUCCAGCUUCUCCCAAAGAUGAAGCAGAUCGGUCACGAUGGCUACAACCCCACCUCUGUAGCUGAAUGGCUGGAUUCCAUUGAACUGGGUGACUAUACCAAAUCCUUUCUAAUAAAUGGCUAUACAUCGAUGGACCUUGUGAAAAAAAUCUGGGAGAUUGAAUUAAUUAAUGUCUUAAAAAUUAGCUUGAUUGGCCACCGGAAGCGCGUUCUGGCAUCUUUGGGAGACAGGCUUCACGAAGAUCCUCCUCAGAAACCACCUCGGUCAAUAACCCUCAGGGAACCCAGUGGUAACCACACUCCUCCUCAGUUGUCUCCAUCACUUAGCCAAAGCACUUUCACUACUGGUGGCUCCCUGGACGUUCCCCACAUUAUCAUGCAGGGCGAUGCAAGGAGAAGAAGAAAUGAAAACUAUUUUGAUGAUAUUCCCCGGUCAAAGCUGGAGAGGCAGAUGGCACAGCAGUCCUCUGUCUGUGAGAUCUGGACCAACCAGAAUGCAGGAUAUCCUUUCUCAUCGAUUCAUCAGGUUCAUAAUACAGGAGACUGGGGAGAGCCUUCAAUUACCUUGCGACCUCCAAAUGAAGCCACAGCAUCAACGCCUGUACAAUAUUGGCAACAUCAUCCAGAGAAACUCAUCUUCCAGUCAUGUGAUUAUAAAGCAUUUUAUUUAGGUUCUAUGCUGGUGAAAGAGUUAAGAGGCACAGAGUCAACACAGGAUGCAUGUGCAAAAAUGAGGAAGUCUACAGAACAAAUGAAGAAAGUACCAACCAUUGUCCUGUCUGUCUCUUACAAGGGAGUCAAAUUUAUUGAUGCAACGAAUAAGAAUAUUAUUGCUGAACAUGAAAUCCGUAACAUUUCCUGUGCUGCACAAGACCCUGAAGACCUUUCUACAUUUGCGUACAUCACUAAAGACUUGAAGACUAAUCACCACUACUGCCAUGUAUUCACUGCGUUUGAUGUGAAUUUAGCUUACGAAAUCAUUCUCACACUAGGACAAGCAUUUGAGGUGGCCUAUCAGCUUGCACUACAAGCGCGAAAAGGGGGCCAUUCUUCAACCCUGCCAGAAAGCUUUGAAAAUAAACCCUCCAAGCCUAUUCCCAAACCACGUGUUAGUAUUCGGAAGUCAGUGCAGAUAGAUCCGUCUGAACAAAAGACUCUUGCGAAUCUACCGUGGAUUGUUGAACCUGGACAAGAAGCCAAAAGAGGCAUUAAUACCAAGUAUGAAACUACAAUUUUCUGAUACAAAACUGUCCCCCUGUUCCUUGUUGUGCCUUGCACGCCAAGCAGUCACAGCACAGCCUUUCCUUUAUGGCAACGUUUCAAUCCAGCAGAGAGGAAGACUGCACUGUAUGAGUGGCCUUGUAACUAACAAAAAAAAGGCUGACGGUCAUUUCUGGUGGUUUCUUCUUCCUGCAGCACUGACAGAAGAAUGACACUACACGAAGACUUUUAAAAUUACAGUCCACAAGAGGAGUGAGAUACCUUAUUUUUCACGCAGUUCUCCCUUGUGACUCUGCCACAGUGCUUUCUUUGAUUUCUUAUUUUCGAAUUCUACUUUUUAAAAAAAAAAAAACACAAACACAAAAGGUCUCUAAACUAACGCUAUUGCUGCCUAUGAGUAGAAUAGUGGAUUGGUUUUUUAUUUAAAUCUUGGCAGUUUUUAAUUGAAAUAGAACCAGAAUUAAUAAAUAGAAUAUUUGUGAAACCACUGAAUCCAUUAAUAAUUACUGUGUUGAAUAAAGAACUCAUUAAAGUGACAAGAAAUUAGGCACCCUGAUUUCUGUGUGCGCUGGUUUUAUAUGUAAUCAUUGGUGUCCUUUGGUCCUCUACAGAAAUAGGAACCUCUUGCAUUGUAACAAAGGAUCAGAGUUUUAUGAAUGGUUAGAAAAAGGUGUUAAUAAUGCACAGAAAACAUUUAUGAGAUAUUUUUAUGGAAGAGAAGUACUAUAGGAAAACAUAUGAAUAUUUAUGGAAGGAAGCCAGAUUAAUUAUGACAAAUAUUGUUUAUUUUAACGUUAAGUAAACCACUGCUAUUGCAGCAUUAUGAAAAUUAUAAGAGUUGUAGCAUCAGUGCACUGGAUGUUCCGUGUGAUCAGUCUGGAAUGAAAGUGGAAUGGUCAUUGUACUACACCUACAUAUAGUUUAUGCAGUUCAACAUUGCUAUAGCCAUGAACUCUACUAGUAUUUUUAAAAAAAUAAUCUCAGUGGUUCUAAAAAAAAAAAAGUCACAACCAUGGAUUUUGCUAUCAAGAUUUCUCUCACAGAAAGCUUGUUUGGAAGAGUGUUGAUAAAAUUCUACUGCAAAACAUUUUCUAAAUAAAAAUAGCGAGAAAAAGAAAAAAAUUCCAAAGUAAUAAAAAUGUUUUCAUGGAACAAAAUAGUUAAGCAUUUGCUUAAUAUUUGAUUAAAUAAGAUUUACUUACAUUUUCUUUGAAGUGUUUUAAUUUUUUUAAUGUCUGUGGAGUAUUUGUAUAAUACCAUGAUGUAUAUUUAUGUAGAACUGAAAUUAUAACAGUACAAAUAUCACUAUAGGAGAAAAAUGACAUUUUAACGUAUAUUGUUCUAUCCAGUCAAAUUGUGAAUCAUUUUGAAGUUCAUUAUAGAGAUAUUGAUAAAUUGUGUGGUUGUCUUAAUGUUUUUUUAAUUAUUAUUUCAUAUCCAGCUGAGGUUUUCAGUUAGAAUCAUCAGUUGGUAAAUUCCAAAAAAUGGAUAAUUGAACUUGGUUUAAACCUGAUAAUUGUAUAUGGUUUAGUUAAACCUAAUCAUAGCGCUGAGUGAUGACAUACUUUUAAUACCGUAUUCAAUUUACUUGAACAAAAUAGUUCCUUGUACAUAUUUUGCCUAUUCACUGUUGAUAUGUACGUAGUCAACUGACAGUAAAAAAUAACACUAAAAAUAUGGUACCAAAAGGAAAAUUGUAUAGGAGAACAGUAAAUAGUAGCCUCACUGCAACAAAUACUUAUGUAAAUAUGCUUGGGCUUCCAGUUAUAAAUUUUGUAAUUUUGUCAUUUAUUUAUAUCCUAUAAAAGCACACAAAAUAAAAUGAAGCUGUACAGUC